AUCUGGAGGAGAAUCAUCUGCUGCUGUGAAGAUGAUGUUUGUUAAAGAAGAGAGUGAGGAGAACAUGAGAGAACCAGAAACAUGGAGAAUAAAACACGAGCAGUCUGAACCCAGGAGAAUAAAACAGGAGGAACAUGAAGGCCUAAAAGAAGAAAGUCUGAGUGAUGUGGAGGAGAAGGAUCAUGAUGCCAAUGGAGAAAAAUCAGCGAUUUGCAGAAAUUUCCAAAAGCCUUUUAGCUGCUCUCAGUGUGGAAAAGCUUUCACGUGUAACAAAAACCUUAAAGAUCACAUGUUAAUUCACGCUGGGAUAAAACCUUUCAGCUGCUCUCAGUGUGGAAAGAGUUUCACGCAGAAAGUACAUCUUGAGAAUCAUUUAGUAACUCACUCUUCAGAAAAACCUUUCAGCUGCUCUCAGUGCGGAAACACUUUCACUCGUAAAGAAAGCCUUCGGAAGCACAUGUUAAUUCACGCUGGGAAAAAGCCUUUCGGCUGCCCUGAUUGUGGAAAGAGUUUCACGCAGAAAGGCAAUCUUGAGAAUCAUUUGGUAACUCACUCUUCAGAAAAGCCCUUCAGCUGCUCUCAGUGCAGGAAGAGUUUCAUGAGCAAAGGAUACCUCAAGACUCACAUGUUUCUGCACUCUGAAAUAAAGCCCUUCUCUUGCGAUCAGUGUGGAAAGAGUUUCAUAUGUAAAGGAAACCUGAAGAAUCAUAUGUUAAUUCACGCUGGGAAAAGGCCUUUCACCUGCUCUAGGUUGGGAAAGACUUUUAUACACAAAGGAAAACUUAAGAAACAUUUGGUAACUCACUCUUCGUGAAAAAGACUUUCACUAGCGCUCAGUUUGGACACCUUGAGACUCUCAGGUUAAAGGUUACAUUGGAUGCCAGUUUUCUACAAGUUGAUGUGAUUCUUUAGGGUCUUAAUAAAAAGUCUAGAGCACA